AAAGGUGAAGAUAGAAAAAUGACCACACAAUUAUUAAUUGCUUCAAGAGUUGUUACUUCAAUAAUAUUUACAUUAGGUGCGGCUUGUGUAUUAUCAACUUUUCCUACUGCUUGGAAUUUGGGAAUUGGUUUAACAGCUAGUGCUGGUAUUAUUGCUUUGGUUAUUGGAUUUGCAGCUAAACAAAUAUUGACGAAUUUAUUGGUAACAUUACAAAUUGCUCUUACACAAUCAAUUCUACUGGGUGAUUAUGUGGUUAUUGAUGAUUAUAAGGGUGUAGAAAUCCAAUCACAAUACAUAGUACUAAAAUCUAUCGAAGAAAAAAGAAUCUUAGUUCCAUUAUCAAGAUUAAUUGAUACCACAUAUGAAAAUUGGUCACGUACCAGUGAAAGUUUAUCAUUGGAUUUUCAUUUAUAU